AUGUUGCUUGGAAUCUGCAUUUGGUGGGGCCAGCCAGGGUUGUGUGGACUGCAUUCGGUCUCAUGUGUUGCAAGCGUGGCGGAUGCAUUCCGUGCAAGCGUGGCGGAUGCAUUCCGUGCAAGCGUGGCGGAUGCAUUCCGUGCAAGCGUGGCGGAUGCAUUCCGUGCAAGCGUGGCGGAUGCAUUCCGUGCAAGCGUGGCGGAUGCAUUCCGUGCAAGCGUGGCGGAUGCAUUCCGUGCAAGCGUGGCGGAUGCAUUCCGUGCAAGCGUGGCGGAUGCAUUCCGUGCAAGCGUGGCGGAUGCAUUCCGUGCAAGCGUGGCGGAUGCAUUCCGUGCAAGCGUGGCGGAUGCAUUCCGUGCAAGCGUGGCGGAUGCAUUCCGUGCAAGCGUGGCGGAUGCAUUCCGUGCAAGCGUGGCGGAUGCAUUCCGUGCAAGCGUGGCGGAUGCAUUCCGUGCAAGCGUGGCGGAUGCAUUCCGUGCAAGCGUGGCGGAUGCAUUCCGUGCAAGCGUGGCGGAUGCAUUCCGUGCAAGCGUGGCGGAUGCAUUCCGUGCAAGCGUGGCGGAUGCAUUCCGUGCAAGCGUGGCGGAUGCAUUCCGUGCAAGCGUGGCGGAUGCAUUCCGUGCAAGCGUGGCGGAUGCAUUCCGUGCAAGCGUGGCGGAUGCAUUCCGUGCAAGCGUGGCGGAUGCAUUCCGUGCAAGCGUGGCGGAUGCAUUCCGUGCAAGCGUGGCGGAUGCAUUCCGUGCAAGCGUGGCGGAUGCAUUCCGUGCAAGCGUGGCGGAUGCAUUCCGUGCAAGCGUGGCGGAUGCAUUCCGUGCAAGCGUGGCGGAUGCAUUCCGUGCAAGCGUGGCGGAUGCAUUCCGUGCAAGCGUGGCGGAUGCAUUCCGUGCAAGCGUGGCGGAUGCAUUCCGUGCAAGCGUGGCGGAUGCAUUCCGUGCAAGCGUGGCGGAUGCAUUCCGUGCAAGCGUGGCGGAUGCAUUCCGUGCAAGCGUGGCAGAUGCCGCCGCGUCAGACAAACGGCUACGACUGUGGUAUAUUGCAACAGCAGCGGUGGGGCCAGGGUUGUGUGUACUGGCGGAGUGCCUUGAGAACAAACACCAUGGGCUGAAGAAGGUGAGCGAGAGGGGGUGGCGUGGGAUGGAGGGGGAGAAGCAAAGGGGUAUGGCAGUGGCAGCGGCCGGUUUGGACUGGCUGAGUGUCUUGACAACAAACGCCACAGGCCGAAGAAGCUGUGUAUUCGUGAGGCGCCUCAAGAGCUGUCCUCGUCAAGACGCCUUGAAAGUCCUUCCGUGUGCGCCCUUGCAGGAGGAGGCUUUGAAAAUCCGACGGGACAGCUUCGAGACAGCAUGGGCAGUAUCCAACGUGACAGCUGGCGACAGCUGGCACAAGGCGGCUGUGAUUGGUGGAGACGCCAUGGGGGGAGGAGCGGGGAUGGGAGGAGCAGGCAAAGCGUCGAGAAUGUACGAGCUGCUCGUGCAUUUGCUCCGCACGGCACCCUUCGACAUCAAGAGAGAAGUCGCCUUUGCUCUCGCGAAUCUCUGUGUGGAUCCUGCGGAGCAAGAGCCAAUAGGAGAGCGCCGCAUGGCGGUCCAGCAGUCGCGCGUGGCAGCACUAGUGGACGCGGGGUGCCUGCUGCCCUUCCUCUCCCUCAUCCGCUCAGUAGAUGCUGACGCUGUGCGGCUCGGCCUGCAGUUUACCGAAGUGGUGAGAAGGGGUGUGGGAAGGUGUGCGGUGGUGAGGAACGUGCCUGCUGCGGCUGGUGUUGCCGUGGCUUGUGCUGCUGAAGCUGGUGCUGCUGUGGCUGAGGUAGCUGUAGAGGUAAGGUGCAUGGAGGAGGGUAAGGUAUGUGGAGGGAAUAUGGACAUUAAGGUCCUGCGUGUACUACCAGACAAAAGAGGCCCACGGCUGGUGGAGGAGGCGGACGGCAUCGAUGCGAUAGAAGCAGCUCAAUUUGUAGGCAAUGAGGAGCUACACUCCAUGUCAAGCUAUCUUGUCGACACAUACUUUGGGGAAGACUACGGACUGGAAGAGGGAGGGUAG